ACGCUUCUUCAAGCUUGUUUUAAAUAGCGUCUAUCCUGAAAACCAUUCUGAGUUAUAUGUUUGGUAGAUUUUGGAAGUCAUGUUGUUCACAAUGCUUUUAAAUCAUCUGGUGCAGGAUGAAAUCUCAAGCCCAAUUAGUGCUCGAAUUUUCGAGCUUUGUGACCCUGAAUUGUUCCCGGAGACCCUGCAGAAUUCUGAGGUUACCUCCAGCUCAAACUGUUGCUAUGAAGAGAACUCCUCCUAUACCCCAAAUAUAUCUCUAGCGUUAGAUGUAGACAAUAAGUUCAGCAAUAGCAAUACAAUCACCACCCAAACCAGCGCAAACACGACCAGCACCGCCCCGGCUGCGCCUACUGCCAACACUACCACCAACAACAAUACAACCAACAGCAGCAAUCUGUCCAUUAUCUUUGACUCACAAGAUGAAAUUGACAAUGACAUUUCUGCCUCCAUAGACUUCUCUACAUCUCCUGCUUUUCCUGUCCCUCCAUAUCUCCCAGUCACAACUCAACAGGAUCAGCAAUUUGAUUUCUCUUCACUGCAGCCUCAGGUCACACUUGCAGCAAGUUCAGUUGUGGAAGGCCUUGCACAAUACCCCACUGACUCUGCUGUUGCACCUCUUAUGGGGGCUCCAUUAACUACCGUUUUUGAAGAGGAUUGCUUAUCUUCUGUCCCUUCUUAUGUGCCUUUGAACCCUUCAUCUCCUUCUUGCUCUUAUCUUAACCCUGGCAUAGGACCAUACAUGCCUCUUGGUCCCCUUAAUACUGCCUUAUCUGCUGAUAGUUCUGGGAUAUUUGGUGGGAGCAUUCUUCUGGGUUCUGAACUGCAGGCACAAGAACUGGAUUACCAGGGAGAAAAUGGUGGAAUUUAUUGUCCAGAUUCAAUUCAAAGGGUUUUCAACCCUCCAGACCUCCAGGCACUUAGCGCUGAGAGUCAGCAACUGGUAGCUGGGGCUGGGAGUUCUGCCACUUUGACACCGGAAAUAUCAAACUUGGAGGAUUCUACCUUCAAGGUUGGAAAACUUUCUGUUGAACAGAGGAAAGAAAAGAUUCAUAGAUACAUGAAGAAAAGGAAUGAGAGAAACUUCAGCAAGAAAAUCAAGUAUGCUUGUCGGAAAACUCUAGCAGAUAGCCGGCCACGGGUUAGAGGAAGGUUUGCAAAGAAUGAUGAUUUUGGAGAUACUCAUAGACCUGCUAGUAGCAAUCAUGAAGAAGAUGAUGAAGAAGACGUAGUUGUGAAGGAAGAAGAUGAUAUGGUUGAUUCCUCAGAUAUUUUUGCUCAUAUCAGUGGAGUGAACUCCUUCAAAUGCAACUAUUCCAUCCAGUCCUGGAUCUGACCAAACAGUCUCAUUACAAACACCUAUAUAGAUUUAGCUUAGAAAAUUUGCAGGGCCCUGUUCCAUCCUGGUUUGAUGGUUUAAGGAAAGUAAAUAAUGGGGGUCCUCAUAUUAUCCCAAUAAGAGUCAGGAGAAUAUAUAUAAUAUAUAUACUCACACCCACAAAUAUAUAUCUAUAUAGAAACGAAGAAAAUUGAUGUAUACAUUUUUGCACAUAUUACAUUGACAUCGUUAAUUACUUGCA